CGUCGACUCCAUCCCAGACCCCAUCAGGGCAUCCCGUCCUCCUCUCCUCACGCAGCGGACCCGCGCCUCUCCUCGUCGCGCUGCAGUAGUUCUGUUGUGUUGUUGUGUUGUUUUGGUUGUGUUUCCCGUCGGAAGCGUCGUGGCGCUCGAGCUUGUGGCGGUCCACCUCGAGUGGAGCGAGCGGUGUUGCCGCGCGCCUAUGAUCCCAGGCGGCGGAGCGGCGCGGCGGUGAAGCGCGGGAGGAGAGCGGUCGACAGGCGCGUCACUCCAGCCCAGGACGUUUGUUCCUCCGGGUCUCACCCGACCGGAGCCGUGCGGGACCGAGCGGGACCAUGUCUGCCCGGGAGAAAGCGACGGGCACCAAGGACAGCGUCAGCCUGCUGCCCUGCUUCUACUUUGUGGAGCUGCCCAUCCUGGUGUCCUCGGUGGUCAGCCUCUACUUCCUGGAGUGGACGGACGUGUUCAAACCGGUCAAGUCCGGCUUCACCUGCCACGACCGCAGCCUGAGUCUCCCGUUCGUGGAGCCCACCCACGAGGUGGUCCCCCUGCUGAUGCUGCUCAGCCUGGCCUUCGCCGGCCCCGCCAUCACGAUCAUGCUAGGAGAGGGCUUCCUCUUCUGCUGCUUCUCUCGGAAGAAGAGCGGCGCCGGGGGCGAGGCCAACAUCAACGCCGCCGGAUGCAACUUCAACUCCUUCAUCCGCCGGGUGGUCCGCUUCGUGGGUGUCUUGGCGUUCGGCCUGUGCGCCACGGCGCUGAUCACCGACGUGCUGCAGCUGAUGACGGGCUACCCGGCGCCCUACUUCCUGACGGUGUGUAAGCCCAACUACACGGCGCUCAGCGUGUCCUGCGAGCAGAACCCCUUCGUCAUGGCCGACAUCUGCUCCGGCACCAACAUGGCCGCCAUCCUGCAGGGCAGAAAGUCCUUCCCGUCCCAACACGCCACUCUGGCCUCCUUCGCCGCGGUCUACGUCUCGAUGUACUUCAACAGCACGCUGACCGACUCGUCCAAGCUGCUCAAGCCUCUGCUGGUCUUCUCCUUCAUCAUGUGUGGCAUCAUCUGCGGCCUGACCCGGAUCAUCCAGUACAAGAACCACGCCAUCGACGUCUACCUGGGCUUCCUGCUGGGCGGAGCCAUCGCCGUGUACCUGGGCCUGUUUGCGGUGGGGAACUUCCAGCCGAGCGAGGAGGCGGGCGGCCCCCGUCCGGGCCCCCCCGUGCAGCUGGCCCCGCGGCCCCCCUGCUCCCUGCCCCACAUCAGCCAGGAGGCGGUGCUGCACCACCUCCAGAUGAAGGCCAGCCUGGCAGCGGAGGCGGGCCUCCCCACGUCCCACUCCGAGGGCCUGCUCCACCGCAGCCUCCAGCAGCAGCAGAGGCUGGCCGAGGCCGGGCGGGGGGCCGAGGGCGACCUCGUGUCCUCCUGCGGGCCCCUGGACCGCGGCGCCUACAUGACCUUCAGCCAGACGCUGCCGCGCGUCCACACGCCCCAGGCCAUCGCCGCCUACGAGGAGGCGGCCCGGCGCCACGCCGCCACGCUGCACCACGCCUCCCUGGACUCCAGCCGCUCCAAGCAGCUGCUGUCCCAGUGGAAGAGCCGCAAGGUCACCCUGCAGGUCCCCGGGGACCCUUGCUCCCCGGGGGGCGGGGGCGCCCCGCCGCCCCACCACCACGGCAGCAUGGAGCUGCCCUCGGGGGCCGCGCUGGGGGGGCCGAACGGGGGCUUCGACGGCGGCAGCUCCCUGCACCAGUACAUGGCCAAGCUGGCCCCCGGCGCCAGCACCACACUGCCCGGCAACUGCAGCGGCAUCACCGGGGGCGCCCGCGUGGCCAUGCAGGCCCGGCCCGGCUCCUCGCAGCUGGUGCACAUCCCCGAGGAGGCCCUGGAGAACUACCACCACUCGUCCCCGCGGAGCGGCGAGGACCCGGCGGCGGCGCACAGCGCGGCGCACGCCAACUGGCAGAUGGCGGCCGAGGCCUGCAGGACGAGCGCCAACGGGCCCGGGGGCCCGCCCCCGCGGAUCAUGCAGGUCAUCGCCAUGUCCAAGCAGCAGGGCCUGCUGCAGACCCACUCCAAGAGCCUGGACGAGGGCAGCGUCACGGGGGGUGGCUGCCAGGCGGCCGCCCGCUACAGGGCCCUGCUGGAUCAGGACGCCGUCAGCAUGACCGGGGUUAGCAUGAGCGGGGUUAGCAUGAGCGGGGUUAGCAUGAGCGGGGUUAGCAUGAGCGGGCACGGCUCGCUGGGCAGCACCCCGGGGAGCGUCUCCGGGAGCACGGGCGCCAUCGUCAGGGUGGAGGCCCACCCGGAGAGCGGCCGGCCGGUGAUCCAGCCCCCCUCCACCGACGGCUCCUGGAAGUGGCGGUCCCUUGACCACGGCACCGGGGGUCCCUGCCCCCCCGGAGGGCCCGGUCCUGGGGGUCCCGGUCUCGGGGGUCCGGGGGGUCCCGGGGGUGUAGAGAGCCUGAGGCAGUCCUUUGAGCUCAACGACCUCAACAGAGACUCGGAGGGCUCCGAGCCGCCACGGGACGGCUCCAUGGACAGGAGGCGGGCCGACCACGGCGUCGCCAUGAGCCCGCCCCCCCCCCUGGUGACGGUGCACACCCAGAGCGCCGGCAGCCAGGUGGAGCAUCGGCCCAACCCACACUGCCUCUCCACCAUCCGGGUCACGCCCGGCGACGGAGGUGGAGGUGGAGGAGGCGGUGGGGAGUCGACCUCCGACAUCCCCUCGGUCUGCUCCAGCCGGGACUCCACCCUGCGCAGGAAAGCGAACAACAUCAUCCUGAUCCCGGAGAGGGCGAACAGCCCGGAUAACGCCCGGAACGUCUUCUACAAAGGAACGUCGAUGACCCCCACCUUCAAGGAGUGAAGAGGAGGAGCUCCCUUCCUCUAAGGAGAUGGAAACAUUGUGGGGGGAGGAAACGUGAUCAGCUGAGGGGCGGAGAUAGGAGCUUCUAGCGGGUGUCUGAGCCAACACAGUGCUACCUAGAUUACUUUAGUGCCAAAAGAAAAUCUCUUACUUCAGCAUGAGAAUCUGGACGUAGUUGAAACCAAUGCAAAAAUCCUUUGGCGCGUUGGGAAAAUAAUCACUGUGUACCUUUCUGUUGUGGGUACCUCGUGCAGAAGGUUUAGCAAUGGUAGGGAGGACAGGGAAACAUUUGUAGAAUACUUUUUUGUACAUAUUUUAUCGCAAAAAUGGUCAUGAUCUGAUUAGCACUUAAAAGUUAAACUGUAGCAAACUAUUGCAAAUAGAUCACACUGUAGCUGUCAAAACAGAGCUUUUUUACCCGGCAAAUACUGUACAUUUUAAACAAUUAUAACUGAUCAUAUAUAAUAUAUUGUACAAUUUGAAUACAUAAAAUAUUUUACAAAGAGUACAGAAUGAAUAUAUAGUGAAAUGUUUUGUACUUUCUUGUAUUUAAAGAUGCCACCUAUUCCAGAGCAAAGCCCUGUUCAAACCAUAAGUGUGCUUAGCGUUCCCUGUAGCACUAAGGUCAUGUGACCUGCACUAAAAAACACCUUUACCUGCAUCCUUUGACCUCAGCGUGUCCCGACCCCCACACUAGUGGUGCACAUUGUUCCCCGUCUUAGCAGCACAAAGCACACAAAACCACUACACAUAUAUACAUAUAUGUAUAUACUUAUAUGCAUAUGUGUAAAGUUAUACGCUACACAGCCAUGAGACACAGGAACACUUGGAAGUAAAUGAAUGCAAUCUGAAAUAGACUGGUGCCAAAUACCAACUAGUAUUCUAUCUUGUAAUUAUCAUUUUCUUUACUGCUAUUUUAAACAGAUGCAUUAUUCAGCCUCUAUUUGGCGCCCGGCCCAAAACAGGAUCAGCAUAUAGUCAAAGUGGAGCGAUGCACAGUCAGAGGCCAAUGUAGCGGGCUGGAGCUCUUCUACUGCGUAAAGGACUCGAGUCCGUUCUUCAUUCGCUUGGUUCGACACUAGUUCUCCGUGAGUCCUGACACGACAUUGAGCAUCUGUCAUUAGUCUCCAGACGUUCUGUAGAACCUUUUCCAAAAAGCACCAAGUUCAGAAAAUGUCCUUAAACGGUAUUAACAUCAGCAGGCAAUAUGACUCAUUUGAGUGGAAGCAUUAGUUCCAUUAUCGCAUGUUGCUGAAAGCUCACUGAUCUUCAAAGAGCUCUCCUCUUUGACUGAGUCCCCCAACCUCCCGGACCCCCAGUCCCCUUGAGACCGCUGGUGAAUUACCACGCUGGAGACAGAAGAUGAACUCUUUGCUCUGACUCACAUGUGGGUGACGCUCUGUGACCUUUAGGGAUUUAAACCUGCACUAUCUCACUUUUCUACCGCAACAAUUUACUCCAUUAAAAAAACCGGACCUUGAAAGUUCCUCAACAAUAGAACUAGAGAUCAACCAGGGAAUCCAUCCAGGGAAUUCUUCUCAAACGGUUAGUCCCGGUCCCCCUAGGUCCACUAGUCCUCUGGUCUCUUAGUCCAGUACUCCCCUGGUCAACUGGUAUUUACUUUUAUUGACUUACUUUAUUUGGGAUUCUACAUGAUGUACAGACCUAAAUGUUAUAAAACCCUGUUGUACACUAUGAGACCCCGGACAGGGUUAUUCUGCUUAUACCUCAUUUACCAAAAAGUAUUAGAUAUGUUACUUUUGUCUAUAAUGUUAUGGUUUUUUAUGACAUAAUCAGCUACAAUUUAAAUAUUCUUGUUCGGUGCUUUGAGCAUUUUGUUUUGGGGGUGAAUAGUUGUACUGAGUGAUGUAAAAGGGGCAUUGAUCUGAGCUGUUAAAGGCUGAGGUUCGGUCAUGAAACUAAUGCAAACCCCUGGGGGCAUUGGAUUCUCUAGAAACAGGGGUACAGAACCAGGGGCCUGUUUUCCGCCCGUAGCUACGGCUCAAACCACCAGAGACUGGGUGGACAUAGUGCAGGUUUAUCUGACCUUCAUGAAACCCAUUCCAACAUGACCAGACAUAGCUCCAUAUCAGAAGUGCUCACGGGAACGCAGCCUUAGUUGAUUAGUUGUUCUAUUCUAGAACAUAAAAUAAAAGCUUAAAAUAAGCUUAGAAAACGACUUCCAUUGAUUCUCACUGUGCCAACCUUUGAAUACUCGAGUCUAUUGCCAAAGCAAGCGAUCCUCACAGAAUACAGCAGCUGAACCUGCAGAUGUAUUUUUCUGUAUUUGAUAUAGCAAGCCUGCAUUACAUUGUCAUUGACUGAGUCGCCCCCACACACUUUGUGACUUUGCAUGGCCACAUUUAUAUAUUGUGUAUCACUGGAAUAUUGUAAACAUGAAGUGAAGUUUCUUUUCACUUUAUAGUUAAAAAAUAGACAAUAUUUUUUCUUCUUUUUGUUACCCGGUUACUCCUUGUUCAUUUUGUUGGUCAAAUGAAGUGAUAGAGGUGCUCUUGGUUUAAAUGGACAAUAUCCACGGUUUACACGAUGUGACCAGGAAAAGGCUGCAUGAAUCACACAGUCACAAAGGAUUUAUGUUUUAGAUUAAAAGAAAGGUAUGCAGUCAUAGAUUGUUUUAAUACUUAACCUUUCGAGCAAAUCGCAUGUUGUUAGGAAGAAGGUAAAUACAUGGUACCUUAAGGCCAAAGCCUUUACUGUCAGACUUGCAACUGUUGCUUCUUCAACUAGUUAACUAAACCAGUGGACUAAUAGCACUGGUAGUAAAUCGGUCAUUAGACAUGCAUCACUGAAGUACAACAUCUCUCCUAACAUAGGCCUGUCCUAACGUAGGCUUACGUACAAAUUCAAAGACACCAUGGACUGCAGAGAUAGUCCAAAUCCAAGAUUUGUGGAUUUGUUCCGUUUUCUAUCCACAGAUAUAACAACAGUCGUUAGUAAUUCCAUGUUUCGUUAUGACAUUCCCAGGACUAUUCUUGGUCAUGCCCGUUACAAUCUUAACGCCAGAAUCCAGACCUGUUGAUUCCCAGCCUUAACCGUCCUUAAAGCCCUUCUGAUGACAUAAGGAUCAAAUCCAGCUGACAAGCACAUCAGUUUUGAGGCUAACAAAAUAUAAUAUGAUGAAUAUGUAGAAGACGCUGUUUUUAAUUAUGUGUGUUCCAUCUCAAACUGUCCCGAAAAGCCUGUGAAAUCCAAAAGUGUAUGAUGUGACAGGAGUAGAAUCUAGUCUUACUGGUUAGCACUGUGAGUGGGUCCUCUCUGCAUGUG